AUGGCGGGCAGCGGAUUUGAAUCCUUUAACUCCAGAUCCGUUGACCCCAAACUCAUUCCACGCGGCCCCGAGAAGAAGAUGGUCGUCCGGCUUGCGCUCCGCCGCUCCCGGGAAGACGCCCGUGCGAGGCAGCGCUUGGACUUCUUCCGUCGAGUAUCCAUUGCGUCCGCCCAAAUGACGCAUAGAUCCGGCGCUUGGUGUCCAUCGACUCAAACAUGGUGCGGCGUGCGUGCCGUGCGAGGCAAGGCGAGGGAGGCAGCGACGGUAGCCCUCGCGGCAGUGGACGUCGGCGCGGUGGAGUCGCAUUCUCCGACGCCCCGUAUGGUGCACCAAUCCCGGCGUCACAACCGCGUCGUGGUGGAUGUUGCUGGCUUAUCUCAGGACGGAUCCAUCAUCGACCGGAUGUACAUCGGCACCACGACGGAGCGAGGAUGUCCAAACAGAGUUGCCCCUUCGCGAGCUCGCUCCCGCGCCGAUCUGGAGAAGUUGGAGACGAGAAGACGGCCAUGCCACUGCCCCGAGGAGCUCGCCGUCGCUAAGAUGGAAAACUCAUAUGAGUUGGACUCACAGAUCAACAACUCCUCAUUUCUGGACAUGAUGAAUGUAGGAUCGAGUGACACAAAUUGUUAUGGAACAGCAGAUUGUAGCCCACUUGCGGAACAAGUGACGAUGCCUCCACAAAAGGGGCGGAAAUCUGCGAAACCAAAAUCAGCAAAAGGAGCCUCCACAAAAGGGAAAAAUUGGUCAACUGCUGAGGACUUGGUGUUGAUUCAAGCAUGGGCAAACACUAGUCUGGAUGCGGUGACCGGGACCAAUCAGAAUUUAAGUACAUAUUGGGGUAGGAUUUCAGAUCACUACGACGCUCACAAAAAACCGUCAUGGCCGGGGCGUGGUUCUAAUGGACUCACCUGUCGUUACAACGUUAUUUCAACGCUCACGAGCAAGUUCUGUGCAUGUAUUCAACAUAUAUUAAAUAGAAAUUGCAGCAGAAUGACUCUCUUUGAUAAGGAAAGAGAUGCACACCGCAUGUACAUUGAACUGGAUGAGAAAAAGAAGCCAUUUACAUUAAUGCAUUGCUACAUAAAGUUUGAGAAGUAUCCAAAGUGGCAGACACGUCCGCUUCCUCAGAAGAAACAAAAGAAGACCUCGGAUGCAAGUCCGGGUACAACCUUCAACGAUGAAGACUUCGGCACAUGCACUGAUGCUCUUGAAGAAGAGCUAAGACCUCCUGGUACGAAGCAUGACAAGAAUGAACGUUUGAGAAAAGGUAAAACGGGAUUGCAGAACUCCAAAGGCUCGUUCCAUAUCCUUUCUAGCCGCCUCUUGCCUUUGGGCAAAAUGUUUCUUCUUUCUUGUUUCUAGCCGCCUCUUGCCUUCUUCCACAUCCUUCGCCGAAAUAAGUUUUCGGGAUAGCGAGGACUUUCUUUGAAGUAGUCAUUUCAUAGUAGAACAAAUCCUGCAUCUCUUGCUCGAUUGAUUGUCUGACGUCCAUGCUUGGAACCGCC